CUGGCAUCAUCAAACACGUUUGACAGCUCACAAGACAACAAAACGCCGGGCAUAAUCGUUUCCACAUAAAGGUGUGGAAAUUUCAUUGAAAUUAAUUUGCUUUUCCAUAAAAGCUUGCUAAAACUGCUGCCAAAAUGUCCUUCAAAGGCAACACCAAAGUACAGAAGGUGAUGGUGCAGCCCAUCAACUUGAUUUUUCGUUAUCUGCAAAAUCGUUCCCGCGUCCAAGUGUGGCUGUAUGAAAAUGUCAAUCUGCGCAUAGAGGGUCAUAUCGUUGGCUUUGAUGAGUACAUGAAUCUUGUGCUGGAUGAUGCCGAGGAGGUUUGGGUGAAGACCAGAACGCGUAAAAACUUGGGACGCAUUAUGUUGAAAGGAGAUAAUAUUACCCUCAUACAAAACGUUAGCCCCUCAAAAGAUUGAGGUUAAGUCUGUGGAGAGCAGUAAUCAGCAGCAAAGGCGGCAGUGGAUAGCUCAACAAUAGCACACACACGCAUUCACUCUAACCAGUUGUCCAUUAAGAGCUAGCUGUGCCGAAGGGUUUCGUUGUUGAACCCUUGUAGUUUAAGUUUUAUAAUUUAUACGUAUGAAAUUUUAUAACUGAAAUUGUGUCCUUUUAUUUCCAUUUACUUCAAUUUAAUGAUAAUCCCCAAGACUUCUAUUUAGAUGCUGCAUUGACUUUCUACAAAAAGUGAAGGAAGAACAUGCAUUUAUACCUCAAAUUUUAUUAUAUAGAAACAAAACAAUAAAGCGAAAUGAAUUCUAUGGACCAUAAA